ACUAUAGCUGUCGCUCAGCAUUGUGUAGGGGCCUUUACUUCUGUAGAUUGUUGUUUAGCGUUGUGGUUCGGUUCAUUGUCGAAAACUUAAUUCUGUAAUUUUGCGAGAGGUCCAGUGAACGAACUAAUCCGCCAAGAUGACUAUGGCAAUGUUGCAACGACGCGCCAAUGUAAGGCUACCACCCGAAGUAAACAGAGUAUUGUAUAUAAGGAACUUGCCAUAUAAAAUUACUGCUGAAGAAAUGUACGAUAUAUUUGGCAAGUAUGGAGCCAUCAGACAAAUCCGAGUAGGUAACACGGCAGAGACUAGAGGCACAGCAUUCGUCGUGUACGAAGACAUAUUCGAUGCAAAGAAUGCUUGCGACCAUUUGAGCGGUUUUAAUGUGUGUAAUCGUUAUUUGGUAGUUUUAUAUUAUCAAAGUAAUAAAGCGUUUAAGAGAAUCGACGUUGACAAAAAGAUGGAAGAUUUAGAUAAAUUGAAGACGAAGUAUAAUCUAAAUGACGAGAAAAAAUAAUUGAUCAAAUAUUUGCAUAGGGGAUACAAAUGUAUGAUUCUUACAAAAUAUUUAUUAAGAUAUAACUACACUCACAUUGAUUAAUUUGUUAAUUUUUAUCUGUGACUUAUCAAUUAGUUGUAUGAGAGCAUAGGAUAUAGAGAGGCGUAGGAAAAGACGUCAACUUUGAAUAAUGCGAUAAAGCUUGUAUUAUAAAAUAAUAAAUAAAAUUGUAUAUAAUUUUUGAUA